CGCUUGCAAGACCAAAACCAACAGAGAAUGUUGACGGGGCCAGUGGCCGUGGAGCUACUGUUGGUUUAAUAAUUAAAACAUCAGGUAGAAUUUACACAAACUGAUAGGGCAUUUUUUGUGUGAUGGGGAGAGAUUUAUGUUUGUAUGACGCAUAGCUGCUACAUGCGAAACGGAUGCGUUGUGUCAUACACAGAAAUAAUUGUCGAUGGGGAGGAAUAUUAAUGGUUCGAGAGAUUUUGUCGGAGAAGCUAGCUAACUUUGCUAGCACGCUUAGCUAGCUAGCUACAACGCUAGCUAGCUACCUGCGUUUGAGGAAAUUCUGCAAGGAUGCUACGUUGGAUACGGCAACAGCUGGGCUUUGACCCUCCCCAUCAGAGCGACACCAGGACGGUGUACAUCGCGAACCGCUUUCCCCAAAAUGGGCAUUAUAUCCCUCAGCGCUUUGCUGACAACCGCAUCAUAUCCUCCAAGUACACCAUCUGGAACUUUGUGCCCAAGAACCUGUUCGAGCAGUUCAGAAGGAUAGCCAAUUUUUACUUUCUCAUCAUCUUCCUCGUGCAGCUAAUGAUUGAUACACCCACUUCUCCAGUAACAAGUGGACUUCCUCUGUUCUUUGUCAUCACAGUAACUGCCAUCAAACAGGGCUAUGAGGACUGGCUGCGGCACAAAGCUGACAACGAGGUCAACGGGGCUCCGGUGUUUGUGGUCCGCAGCGGCAGCCUGGUGCAGACGCGCUCCAAAAACAUCCGCGUUGGGGACAUAGUGAGAGUAGCCAAAGAUGAGACGUUCCCGGCGGACCUGGUGUUGUUGUCGUCGGACCGAGCGGAGGGCACCUGCCACAUCACCACGGCCAGCUUGGACGGGGAGACCAAUCUGAAGACCCACUUUGCAGUGCCAGAGACAGCCGUAUCCCAGUCGGUGUCCAGACUGGAGGCCCUGCAAGCGGUGGUGGAGUGCCAGCAGCCUGAGGCUGACCUGUACAGGUUUGUGGGGAGAAUAACUGUAACACAGCAAGGGGAGGAGAUUGUAAGACCAUUGGGACCAGAAAACUUGCUGCUGAGAGGAGCUCGGCUGAAAAACACCAAAGAAAUAUUUGGGGUUGCGGUGUACACGGGCAUGGAGUCCAAGAUGGCGCUCAACUACAAGUGCAAAUCACAGAAGCGAUCAGCAGUGGAAAAAUCCAUGAACACAUUUCUCAUCAUCUACUUGGGGAUCCUGCUGUUCGAGGCCAUCCUCAGCACCAUCCUCAAGUAUGCCUGGCAGGCCGAGGACAAGUGGAACGAGCCCUUCUACAACCAGAAGACCGACCUGGAGAGGAACAGCAGCCAGAUUCUGAAGUUCAUCUCGGAUUUCCUGGCGUUCCUCGUGUUGUAUAAUUUCAUCAUCCCAAUAUCACUAUAUGUCACUGUGGAGAUGCAGAAGUUCCUGGGAUCGUUUUUCAUCGGCUGGGAUUUGGAUUUAUAUCAUGAGGAGAGUGACGAGAAGGCACAAGUCAAUACCUCAGACCUCAAUGAGGAGCUUGGACAGGUGGAAUACGUGUUCACGGACAAAACUGGAACACUUACUGAAAACGAGAUGCAGUUCCGAGAAUGCUCCAUUAAUGGGAUCAAAUACCAGGAGAUCAACGGCAAGCUCGUCCCAGAGGGUGUAACGGACGACUCACCAGACGGCUCCAUCCCUCAUCUGCUCCGUGAGGAAGAGCUGUUCCUGAAAGCAGUCUCGCUGUGCCACACGGUACAGAUCAGCUACGACCAGGCGGACGGAGGUGUCGGCGACCCCUUCUCCCACGCUAACGGCUUCACCCAGAUGGAGUACUACGCCUCCUCGCCUGAUGAGAAGGCGCUGGUGGAGGCCACCAAAAGGAUGGGGGUGACAUUCUUAGGGAGCAAUGGAGAAUUCAUGGAAAUUAAGACAUUUGGAAAAGCUGAACGAUAUAAACUGCUCCAUGUCUUAGAGUUUGACGCAAACAGAAGAAGAAUGAGUGUGAUAUUGCAGACUCCCUCAGGGGAGAAAGUGCUGUUUACCAAAGGAGCGGAGUCUGCCAUUCUUCCCUACGUCAAGAGUGGAGAGCUGGAGAAGACGAGAGUCCAUGUGGAUGAGUUUGCGUUGAAGGGUCUGCGGACGCUGGUGGUGGCGUGCCGGCACUUCAGCGCGGAGGAGUACCAGGACGUGGACCGGCGGCUGCACGAGGCGCGCACGGCCCUGCAGCAGCGCGAGGAGCGCCUGGCCGACGUCUUCAGCUUCAUCGAGCAGGACCUGGAGCUGCUGGGGGCCACCGGCGUCGAGGACAAGCUGCAGGAGAAGGUGCAGGAGACCAUCGAGGCGCUGCGUCUGGCUGGCAUCAAGAUAUGGGUGCUGACCGGCGACAAGCACGAGACGGCCGUCAGCGUCAGCCUGUCCUGCGGUCACUUCCACCGCACCAUGAACAUCCUGGAGCUCGUCCAGCAGAAGUCCGACAACGAGUGCGCCGAGCAGCUCCGCAGACUGGCCCGCAGGAUCAAAGAGGACCAUGUGAUCCAGCACGGGCUGGUGGUGGACGGGGCGAGUCUGUCUCUGGCUCUGCGGGAGCACGAGAAACUCUUCAUGGAGGUGUGUAAAAACUGCUCCGCCGUGCUCUGCUGCAGGAUGGCCCCCCUCCAGAAAGCCAAGGUGGUGCGUCUGUUCAAGACCUCGCCGGAGAAGCCCAUCACUCUGGCCAUCGGCGACGGGGCCAACGAUGUCAGCAUGAUUCAGGAGGCCCACGUCGGCAUAGGUAUUAUGGGGAAGGAAGGCAGGCAGGCGGUCCGAAAUAGUGACUAUGCAAUCGCAAGAUUCAAGUUCCUUGCCAAACUGCUGCUUGUGCACGGGCACUUCUAUUACAUAAGAAUAGCUACGCUGGUGCAGUAUUUUUUCUACAAGAAUGUGUGUUUUAUCACGCCCCAGUUUUUAUACCAGUUCUUCUGUCUGUUUUCACAACAAACUCUUUAUGAUAGUGUCUAUCUGACACUCUACAACAUCUGCUUCACCUCGCUGCCCAUCCUGGUCUACAGUCUGUUUGAACAGCUGGUCCAUCCGCACGUGCUGCAGAGCAAACCGGCAUUGUACAGGGACAUCAGCAAGAACUCCAUGCUCUCCUUCAAGACGUUCCUGUACUGGACGCUGCUAGGCUUCUGCCAUGCCUUUGUCUUCUUCUUCGGCUCCUACAUCCUGAUGGGCGAGGACACCUCUCUCCUGGGCAACGGGCAGAUGUUUGGAAACUGGACGUUUGGAACAUUGGUGUUUACAGUCAUGGUCAUCACCGUCACGCUGAAGCUGGCCUUAGAGACCCACUUCUGGACGUGGAUGAACCACUUUGUCACCUGGGGCUCCAUCGCGUUCUAUUUCAUCUUCUCCUUGUUUUAUGGGGGCAUCAUCUGGCCCUUCCUCCACACGCAGGACAUGUACUUUGUCUUUGUCCAGCUGCUGUCCAGUGGCUCGGCCUGGUUCGCCAUCAUCAUCAUCGUGACCGGUUGCCUGUUCCCUGACGUCGUCAAGAAGGUCCUCUAUCGGCACCUACAGCCCACCAGCACCCAGAAAUCUCAGCUUGUUGAGGCCCAGCAGGGCUCAGUCGGCUGCCUGGACUCCCUGUGCUGCGCCGGGUCGGAGGAGCAGGAGGGGCCGGGCGUCCGUGUCCGGCUGGGCCGGCUGGUGGAGCGGCUGAUGGGCCGCUGUGCGCCCCCGAGGGCCGGCAGGUGCGACCUCUCUCUCUCUAGCCUCUGCUGCAACCGCAUCGGCUACAAGCUGGAGCGCGACGAGGCGCCCACGCUCGGAGACUGAGCUCCCCUCCCAGUCCACACACGCACACACACACACACACACGCACACACACGCACACACACACGCAGAUAUAUAGACGUGCAGUAUGAUGUAGAGGCUGUUUCAGAGCCCACUUUUGUGCCGUUAUGCUCUACAAGCUGAAGCUUGACACGUUAAUCCUGCUGGGGUACUGUGCAUGUCUGAACCCCAAAAGACACACACACACACACACACACACACACACACACACACACACACACACACACACACACAGUUUCUGGUGAACUUGCUUGGUCAAGGACUUCUCACCCAACCUCAAAGACCACCACCACACACACAUUGGGUUUGUUGACUGGGUUCCCCCCUCAGCACAACCCAACACACACAUUCCUUAAUAGCGGGGACCCAACACCCACCCCCCCGGUCAGCACCACACAUAUCCUGUAGCAAAAAGCGGGGCCCGUUUCAGAGCCCACCGCCACAGCCCUUACUUUUUUAUAAAAAAUAAACCUCUGACGAGUUACGCUAAAAAGCUGGAGAGGCGUGAUGAAUGGGGAUGCAGCGUGCUACUAACUUGCCUUGCGAGUGGUGUCCCGUGUGUUGUUUUUUUGUACGUCCUCGAUAGCUUUUAAAAGAUUGCCAUGUCUGCUCGGGCCACAUCCAUACAGUACAUAAGCUUAAGCUGGGGCCAUGCAUGCACCACUUUUAAAAGUGUCUGUAAUCCUCUUGUCUGUAGUCCUGCCAAAUGUGUCUUCUGCCUGCCCUGCACCUUCUUGCCAAGCCUGAGGUCUCUUUACUGCUGCCUUUUCUUGUGUGCCUGGUGUGUUUUCCGUCGGUUUCCGUUUUAGCGUUAAUGGUCAUUGUCCUGUGUUCAGAGCUCUGCCCUUUUGUUAGACGCUAAAUGGGUCUCUGUGCGCCACAGAAUGUCACGGUCCCACGUUCGUCCGACUCGCCACUCUGAAUGACCAGGCUUGUGUGUGGUCAGCCAUGCAAAUGUAAUUGAGGUGAAAAAUGCACAGCGCUCGGAUGAGAACCAUGACUUGUCCCCCGUCUGCCCAACAUUCCCAAGCGUGCCGCUUUGUUUUGUCGAUUUUGUAUGUAUUUACAUGUAUGUGGGUUUCUUUUUGUCGGGUAGGGAUGCAUUUCCCAGUCUGUUGCCAAAGUUACAUAGUGUUGCGUCUCGAUGACGGCAUGCACGUUUGAUUUCCGCCUUAGGUCUCUCUGGUUUCAUUGUUGUUGUUGUUGUUGUUGUUGUUUUUAUGAUUGCACCGUCCACCCUGCUGGACUGCCAAUGCCAGCUGACGGUUUGCGCUCCUCUGGCUGUCCUGUGAGAGGAGACGAGGCCCUCACCGGAGCUUACCACAAACGACAUCCUACCGAACACUAACAUAACAACGCGGUCCCAGCCUUACUGCUAGAGCACUGCCACUGUACGGGUGAGGAAGCAUGUUGCCCGUAGCAACAGCAGCCAAGCAAAGACGCCUAAUCUGGAAGAUGAUGUUCCGUUGGGAUUCGUUUCUCCCUCGACUCUCCCAAAAUCAUAACGUUCACCAGGGGACCACAUUAUCAGCGAGUACGGGAGGAAGAGCUAUUUUUAGAGACAUGGGAAACUGUAGAUGACCGUUAUAUAUAUAUUUAGCUUGUUUAUUUGAGUUUUUUUACUCGCAACUUGAAGCCUUACCAAGAAGAUGGACAAAUUUGCCUGACCUUCUGCAUGAGAAAUGCCUUGGGCAUUUUGUACACCGUUUAAUCAGUGUUUGAAUGUGUGUGUGUGGGUGUUUUCCAUCAAAAUUCCCCUGGUCACUCUGUCCUGCCGAGCUGCAUUCCAGUCUCUCCAUAAUCCCCCCCACCCACCCACCCAUGUCUUCUCUUAGAGGAGCCAGGAUCCAGUGAGUGUGUGUGAGUGUGCCACGACCGCUGACACCUCACACGCACACGCACACACACACACACACACGCAAACACGCACACCACUGCACUGUGUGUCACCGGGCUCUUUGCUGGACAUUAGAAUUUGAAUCAAAUCCACUGCACUGCUUGCGUUGUUUGCUCUUGCUUCUAUGUCCUGGCCGUUCGGGUGAUGUUCUAUUUGGUCAAAUCAUCAUUGCUGUUUCAAGGGGCGAAAAACCACCUCAAACAAAGUUUGAUCUUUCUUUUCUUUUCCUGACUUCUUUUUGUUCCUUUCGCUCUCUCUCUCUCUCUCUCUCUACACUGCAGUCCACCCCUUUGCACACAAGCUCUUAAAACGGUUGUCUGUAGUGGCAGAGAUGAGUGGAUGACGGAUUUGUUGCAUGAUGCCGUGCUUUUUGGAACGCCUGGUUGUUUUGCCUCCGUGGCCGUGGCAGGGCCGGGUGCAUGCGUGGUGGCGGCGCACAGGGGGCAAAGCCCAGAGACGGAGCAUCCUAAUCCCCACGUCCACUCCACAGCCUCUUCACAGCCAAGAGAAUGGGCAUGACAUCACUCUGCAGAGAAGCUCCAGCGCUAGUCUCACACCUCGCACUCACACACGCCCCCUGGAGGCACACGUAGCAAUGUGCACUCUCAGUAGAGUAUAUGCGACGGGCUAUGUGCCUUUCUUCUACCUAUGUACAUCUACCCAUGUACUCGAAGCCUGUCAAAUAGGAUGUAUAUUUGGAUGCAGAUUUUAUAUUAUGAUACGAUAGAUGUAUAUCCCCUUAUAUUUCAAAUGCAUUAGCUAUUUUUGUUAGUUAUUAGAUCGAAUCUAUGAGAAAAAGUUCAUGUACAGUAUAUCAGAUAUAUUCUAUUUCAUAUACUACUACUUAUAGACAUUAUAACCGUAUUGUACUAAAGUGGUCUUCAGGAAUGUAGCAUGUAUGUUCUGCCAAAGGAAGCUUUUGCUACUGUGUGUUCAGCUCACUCAUGUUGCCCCAUUCUGUACUAACAUAUCUCCUCAUUCACCUCCUGCUUUUGGUUUGUCUGGAACGCUGCAUGCUUGUGGUCUCCCACAGGUCUAAUCGUUAGGGUCGAGAACCGGUCAGUGCGGCAGUAGCUUUUGGGUAGGGCAGCGAGGUAGAGAUAGAGACCAGGUCAGGCUACUGCUGCCAUCACUGUGGCUCAGGCUGCAGGCAGGUGCGACUCCCCCCUCCCUCCCCCAACCCCCAACCCCCAACCCCCACUCCCCUUACCAGACAUGCCAGCUAGCCUGGAUGCCACUCUGUCUGCCCAGGCCGGAUAGGAAAUUCAGUCAGUCAGCAGUGUCAGUAUUUGGUACACGCGCACACACACACACACACACACACACACACACACAUAGGAAUUGAGCAGCAGGUGCACUUUAGUGUUCCCAGUGUUCUGUGCAAAGCUUUAGGUAAAACACACACACACACACACACACACACAUGCACACACAGACAGUCCUAUCCUAACUGCCCCUUGCUGAGCCUCACCUGUCCUCACUUGUCCUUGAUGCUUCCAGAUCGUGGAACAACUCGGAUCCAUACUUCUCCAACGACAGGAGCAUCUUGACCCUCUCGCCCCUGGAGGCCGGUCAUUGCUAGUGCCCCGGAGGGAGGCCCGUAAGCCUGCCCCUGCCAGCCCGCAGCGGGCGCCGCGUUGCCCAGUGUGCCCGGACCAGGGCUGGCCCCUUCAGCUAUCUCACCAGCCUCACUCACACCUGAAGAAUGUGACUGACCCUCUGAGGCGACACCAUUAGGGAAACAAACAAACAAACAAACAAACACAAAAACAAAACAACACACCUCUCUCACUCACCGAUUUGUGUAAAUAACGCAAGGGAAUCAUAAUGGCACAGAAGACCAAAGGAUUUUUGUCUCAACGACAGUAGAGGAGAGUGUGUGUGUGUGUGUGUGUGUGUGAGGGAAAGAGUUACUGGAGAUUGUUUGUGUUGCUACUCUAGGUUACUGCUGCUUCCACAAAAAUGACUGAUAGGCUGAAAUCUUUCCUGAGGAAAGUACUGUAGACAGCCUGCUCUUUUUUAAAAAAGCCAUAUCUUCUGUGUGUUUGAAAUACCUGAUUUUUCAAGGUAUGAAAUGUGAGCGCGUUUAGCACUCUAGUCGGGCAGUUUCCUUGGAGUCAGCCCAUGGGAAGCCCACCUGAACCUGUGCCCCAAAUAUGGCUUUGGUACGCCGAUGGAAGAAUGUCCCUCAUAGCUUCCUAUGAUACUCCACAUAUCAAAACCUGACUAUGGACCUAAAAUGAUGUGGCCUGCACAUUUAUGUUUAUGAUUUUAGUUUCUUUGUUGUUUUUGCAGUCUAUUGUGCGAUGCAUUCUUUUCUUCUCUAAUCACCAUCUGUCAUCAUUCUAUUAACAUGCCGUUUCUGUGUGCUUCUGUUCUGGUGUUUCUCUUCGGUUACUAACCCACAUGUCGACUGUGCCGUUUGUAUGUGCUGUUCAUCCCAUUUGCAAGAAGGCGGCAACUCGCUGCGCUCGAUCCUCACCUGCCUUCUCCCUCAUCAGCCGCGGAGGCCUUGAGGUCCAAUCACGACACAGAAAAGCUUCAUCUUGGUGCACCAGGGGAUGAGUAGAUGGUCAUUGAGACAACCGUUUUAAACUUGCUAUCGUCACGGUAACAUCUCUUUUGAUAUCAGUAUGCAUGCGGAAAUACCCUUGAGCCAAACUCGAGGUAUACGAGUACUGGUUCUUUUUAAGAGGGGGGAGGGGGGAGGGGGGGAACCUCAUCCUCGGGUAGGUUUUGUGAACUCGGAUCAUUAUGGUAUAGUCGGUUAUGACUGAAACCUUGGAGCUGUACUAAAUCUCUCUUCAGAAGACACUUGAAUUUUGUGGCAACUCAACAGUACCUUGACGAUGUUCUAAGCAUGACCUCGAGCACUCAGAGAGGUAGCUGAAGUGCCACCGCUGAAGGACUUGCAUAUCUGAUAAAAGUAUUGUGCUAUAUACAGACAGCAUCCUUUUCUACUGAGGUACGCUUUUGUUCUUUUUCAUGAAUUGGUACAUAACAUUUUUUCUGCACAUGCAUUGCAGAUGUGAUGUCUAGGGCAUCAAAUCAUUUUUCUUCAUAGGUUCUGAUCACAGAUUGUCACUUUACAGAAACGUCAUCAGUUUGGUCACAUUGUUGGGCAAUGUGUCGCUACAUGAUUAAUAUAUUUAUUGUACACCUGUUAUGUAGCAAAAUAUCUUGUCUUGCCCUAAAUGACUCAUUAGCAAUAAUAAUAAUUAUUAUUAUUUUUUUAAAAUCUAUACUUUGGGUCUAGAUGCAAUGUCAACUGGCCACUUUCCUUGUUUGUUUCAACCAUGUUGAGGAAAAAAAGAUAUAUACGAUCAGUUACUGUAAUUGUAUGCUCCUGGCAAUGAAAGUGAUGAAUUGCUGAUGUUUAUGAAAACAGUUCUAUUUACGGAAUAAAUAUGUCUUUUUUAAUAUA